AUGAAAGAGAUAUGCCAGCUGGCGAUCUAAGUGGAUAACGAACGACUGGUUUUGGAGAGUGAAGCCAUUGAAGACAUUGAUGCCACCAAAUUAAGCCGUUUCAUUGAGAUCAACAGUCUCCGCUUGGUGACAGAGUACAAUCCUGUGACUGUGAUUGGCCUAUUUAAUAGCAUGAUUCAGAUUCAUCUUCUCCUGAUGAUGAACAAGGCCUCUCCAAAGUAUGAAGAAAGCAUGCACAGCUACCAGAAGGCAGCUAAGCUCUUCCAAGGGAAGAUUCUUUUUAUUCUGGUGGACAGUGGUGUGAAGGCAAAUGGGAAGGUAAUAUCAUUUUUCAAACUAAAAGCAUCUGAACUGCCCGCUUUGGCAAUUUACCGGACUCUCGAUGAGGAGUGGGAUACGCUGCCCGUGGCAGAAGUUUCCGUAGAGCUUGUGCAAAACUUCUGUGAUGGAUUCCUAAAGGGGGAAGGGCUGAGAGAAAACGAUGAAUCAGAGGAAAAGACUCAAAAGGUGGAACUCUGA